CCCACCACAGCCAAAAACCGCCCCCGAUAAAAACCCUCAAAAUGCCUCCUCCGCCACCACACAAUGCCACUGUAGAUGUUAUCCGGCGGCGAACGGCGGCACCUCCAGCCGCGGCUGACGGAGCCGAGCAGCUACGACGCGUCGGCCACUCCCAGAGUCCUCACCGUGCUCUCCUGCGUGCUGGAGAAGCUCGUCGCUCGGAACGACCAAUUGAGCGGCGGAGGCUACGGGAAGAGGCUGAGCGCGUUCCACGGCGUCCGAUCGCCGGCGAUCGGGCUGGAUAAGUACGUGGAGCGGAUCUACAAGUACACGAGCUGCAGCCCGUCGUGCUUCGUGGUGGCGUUCGUCUACAUCGACCGGCUGCUCCACCGCUAUCCGGAUUCGCUGGUGGUCUCGCUCAAUGUUCAUCGAUUGCUCGUCACCAGCGUCAUGAUUGCUUCCAAAACUCUCGAUGAUGAACACUACAACAACGCAUUCUACGCUCGAGUUGGUGGGGUGAGCAAUUCGGAACUAAACAAGCUAGAACUCGAGCUACUUUUUCUUUUAGAUUUUGAUGUUACUGUUAGCUCUCGAAUUUUCGAGAGCUAUUGCCAGCAUUUGGAGAAAGAAAUGCUCUGCAACGAUCUCGUCGAGAGGCUACCGGCGCCGGGGAUAACCAUCUCCGUCGACGAUGUCACUGAGAUUUCUGUGGGAGACGCACAAACUUCUUCACCACCCAUCCUAGUCGAUUCAUAGAUAAGAUUAUAACUUGCUUUGAUUUUCUUUUUCUUAUUUUUGCCCUAAUCUGUAAAAUAUGCCAUAUUUUUUCAAUUGAGCUGAUUUACAAAA